GCAGGGGCUGCCGCAGCGUCUCCGGCACGCCUCAGACGGGGUCAUACUUCGCCGGUUCGCACGUCUGGCGUCCCAUGGUGACUUCCUCCGUGUGCGAGACCCGCAGCUUUCUGUUGAUUUGCUACAUCCAACGGGUGCAGCUCCACGCAUUAGAGCUCACAUAAUGCCGUACAUGACACUACGGGAUGCAUCUGCCAUUUACCGUGAUCUAGCAGAAGAAGAAGGGGGGCCAUCGACCUCUUACCACCGCCAGAUUGUGAUCACGAACCCAGAUGUCUUGUUGGCGAAGUACACAGCAUACCGGACCAUAAUUGAGCAAGCUGAUCUGCUGGACGCUGUGAGUGAAAAGGUGGAGGCCGUUCUGACGGUCCGUCUGCAAGCACAAUUUGAAACUUGUGUUGCUGAUCAGUGGUUAGCUUUGGCUACUCUACGAGACUAUGCAUGGCGUCUGGUGCUACAUUACCUCAUUCAAGGUGACAUUCUGGAGGCGAAGAAGUACCUUGGCGCAUGCUUUCCUCACAUCUCUAAAUUGAUCGAUGAUAAUCCCACUAUAGCACAUGGCACUUAUGAGUAUCUCCUUACAUCUCUGCAGGAAUACUUUGAUGGUCAAGAACUUGAUCUGUCCAUUGAUACUAAGCAUUAUUUGGCGUCUUUAGCUUGCUUCAGGCUGAUGAAUUUGAAGGCAACGAAUUUGGGUUUUAUCAUCACUAUUGUUGAGUCCUUUGUAUCAGAUUUGGAAAGGAAAAGAGAUUACUUGAUGGAGCGACUCACGCUCCCAACAUUGAUAGGUGCUGCUUCUGCAAACUAGGGUCCGGUGAUCACCAUGUUGCACAUGAAGGGAGUCUGUCUCGGUAGUCAUAGUCCUCUUUCAUUGCUACUUCGUCCAGUUUGUCGGAAUCGAAACUGAGAUGUUAGCUCAAUGUGCCCGUAAACAGGGUGUCCGGAGGGCAAGUUGGGCAGCUUUAGGCAACAAUGCUUACACAUGCCUGAAUAUUUUCGUGAAACUUGUGAUGUUGUUGUGCACUCGUGCCCCUAGUUUCUUGUGAUGCUAUUGUCGCGGUAUUUGUUAGUUGCUCGUCUUUUGGUAACCGUUGAAUCAAACUAUACUGAAAUUUGAAUUAUGUCUGCCAUUUUGGGUUUACAUCAUUGGCAAGGAGAUAUUUUUUUUGAACUGAAGGAGAUGAGUUGGACC